AUGUCUUCCGACGACGAACGCCAGAAGGCUCUCGACUCGUACCGUGGCAAGCUGCUCGAAUCACGAGAAUGGGAGGCGAAGCUCAAGGCCCUCCGGCUUGAGAUAAAGGACCUGCAGAGGGAGUACGACCGUACCGAGGACAACAUCAAGGCGCUGCAGAGUGUUGGUCAGAUUAUCGGCGAGGUCCUGAAGCAACUCGAUGACGAAAGAUUUAUCGUCAAGGCCUCCUCCGGCCCCAGAUAUGUCGUCGGAUGCAGAUCAAAGGUCGACAAGGCCAAGCUCAAGCAGGGCACUCGUGUUGCCCUCGACAUGACGACACUCACCAUCAUGCGGAUGCUUCCCCGCGAAGUCGACCCCCUCGUUUACAACAUGUCUUUGGAAGACCCUGGUCAGGUAAGCUUCGCCGGAAUCGGUGGUCUUAACGACCAGAUUCGCGAGCUGCGGGAGGUUAUCGAGCUGCCGCUCAAGAACCCCGAGCUCUUCCUACGUGUGGGCAUCAAGCCUCCCAAGGGUGUUUUGCUCUACGGACCUCCCGGUACGGGAAAGACACUUCUGGCUCGUGCUGUCGCGAGCAGUCUCGAAACAAACUUCUUGAAGGUCGUCUCGUCAGCAAUCGUCGACAAAUACAUCGGAGAGUCCGCACGAUUGAUUCGCGAAAUGUUCGGAUACGCCAAGGAGCACGAGCCCUGCAUCAUCUUCAUGGACGAAAUCGACGCUAUCGGUGGACGCAGAUUCUCCGAGGGAACCAGUGCAGACCGUGAAAUUCAGAGAACGCUCAUGGAGCUGCUGAACCAGCUCGACGGUUUCGACUACUUGGGCAAGACUAAAAUCAUCAUGGCAACGAACAGACCCGAUACUCUCGACCCCGCCCUGCUUCGUGCCGGUCGUCUGGAUCGUAAGAUCGAAAUUGCUCUGCCGAACGAGGUCGGACGGUUGGAGAUUCUCAAGAUUCAUGCGUCUGGUGUGGUGACGGAGGGCGAGAUUGACUUUGAGAGCGUGGUGAAGAUGAGCGAUGGUCUCAACGGUGCGGAUUUGAGAAACGUCGUUACGGAAGCUGGUCUGUUUGCCAUCAAGGACUAUCGGGAUGCAAUCAACCAGGACGACUUCAACAAGGCGGUGCGCAAGGUCGCCGAGGCCAAGAAGCUGGAGGGCAAGCUCGAGUACCAGAAGUUGUAA